UGCAGAGCAACAUGCCCAAGUUUUAUUGUGACUACUGUGAUACAUACAUCACCUAUGACUCUCCAUCUGUGAGAAAGACACACUGCAGUGGUAGGAAACACAAAGAGAAUGUGAAAGACGACUAUCAGAAAUGGAUGGAAGAGCAGGCUCAGCCUGAUUGACAAACAACGGCUGCCUUUCAACAAGGAAAGACACCUCCUACUCCAUUCUCUGUUCCUCCUCCUGCAGGGGCGAUGACAUCACCUCCCCCCAGUCUUCCAGGUCCUCCUCGUCCUGGUAUGAUGCCAGCACCCCAUAUGGGGGGCCCUCCCAUGAUGCCAAUGAUGGGCCCUCCUCCUCGUGGGAUGAUACCAGUGGGACGUGCUCCUGGAAUGAGGCCACCCAUGGGAGGCCAUAUGCCAAUGAUGCCUGGGCCCCCAGUGAUGAGACCUCCUGCCCGUCCCAUGAUGGUGCCCACUCUGCCCAGAAUGACCAGACCAACAGAUAAGGAUAGCGGGGAGGCCUCAUUCUAUCAGUUUUAUCUUACCUGUUCUGCUUCACCAGGAGAUCAUGCUGCUGUGAUGCUGGGUUUUCUAAACAGCAUAAGGAAGACUUGCUCCCCUGUCCGAUCAAAGAGAAUAGUUUUGGAGGGGAGAGGCCCUUGUCUUCUGGUCUCUUCUUUUCCCUAUCUGCAGAUUGCCCUUGGCUUUCUAGUUCCCACUUCUCAUCACCCAGCAGUCAUCUGUUACUCAGCCUUGUAUGCCUUUAUGGUAGGGGGAGCUGUGAGGAAGGGCUGGGAGCGCAAGUACCAGCAAUGUUCCCGGGCGAUGUCAUCUAACCGGAGAAUGUUUCUGACCCUCACAGAGGAGGUAUAUGCAUGUGGGAACCAGCACCUUGACUGUGAAGUCCUUCCCACGACGUAUCAGAUGCUGGAAAAGCAGAGGCAGAGAGGAAUACAAUUUUUCCAAAAGCAACAAACAUCCAAUGUUUCUUAG